AUGUGGAUCCAACAGCCAGACGUAUUGAGAUCUUGGCUAACGGUUACCUUAGCACCAAUAUGCGACGCAGAUCCUGCAGCAUUAGCCAAGUAUGUGAUGGCAUUGCUAAAAAAGGAGAAGCCGGAACAAGAGCUAAAAGAUUUUUGUGUCGAGCAGUUGGAUGUUUUCCUUCAGAAAGAAACUAAAGCGUUUGUCGAAAAGCUGUUUGCUGUCAUUCAAGAUAAAUCUUAUAUGGAGCAGAGCGGUGUCGUUGAGGGUCCCGAAUUACCGGUAGAGCAUGACCAGGUGCCUGGCAAAAGCAGCGGAGGCGGCCGUGCGUCCAGUUCCGAUGAACGCGGUCUGAGAAACGGUGAGAAGGGUUAUUGUAUGCGAGGUGACAAUUGUCCUUAUGACCAUGGUCCGGAUCCCGUCGUAGUGGAAGACUUGCCCCUUCCAAGUAUGUUUCGGCCGAUCAAACCGCCUGCCCCGAAUUUUUCCGUACCGCCGCCUGGUUACAUCCCGGUACAUCCUCCACCUCCAGGCGUUGAUUCAAACACUUUUCAGCCGGAAGCGUACAAUCCAGAGGCGCCAUCACUAACUUCACCUGCAACCGUACCGGCUGCAGUUCCGCCUCCUCCAUACAGUCAGCCACCGCCUCCAAUUUGGACUCGUCCACCUCCUUCUUUGAUACCUUUCGGUCACGCUUUCCCUGGACUUCGACAGCCUGCCGUUAGGCCCAUGAAUGACGUCAUUUGCCGAAAACGGUUGCCCACUGAUCGUUUGGGCGGCGGUAGAACAUUUUCGUCGUCUUAUGACAGAAGCAACCGAACUCUUGAGAUUAGACGCAUCCCGCUGGUGCUCAAUACGAUCACAAAGUUGAACGAACAUUUUUCACAGUUCGGCCAAAUAACCAACAUUCAGGUUCGUUACGAUGGCGAUCCGGAAGCAGCCCUCAUCACUUAUGCCAACCGUGACAUGGCUGUUGCCGCCUAUCGCUCUACAUCACCAAUUUUGAACAAUCGUUUCAUAAAAGUAUUUUGGCAUCAGGGUGAAGGCGAGCAGCCAUCGUCUGCAACCGAUGGCGGCCACGGUGGCUUUAUUCGUUCUUCCGUCAAAGACCGGCUUGGAACAAAUGUUGUUGCUUCCUCUUCCACUUCGACUGUUGCGGUCGGUGGCACUUUAACGAAAACCACUUUGAGCAGUGCAGAUUCAGUUAGGGCACUUAGCACGUCGAAUGCAACGAACGAAGGCGAGUUUGAAAAUGAACAUAUGAAAACAAGCAAAUUGGUGCUUCGAAGGGAAGAUCGAUUUAAGGUUAGAACGAUUUCCAUAAUCGACCUUCUGCGGCUUCCAGGCCACUUUGGAUAUGCAGUACCAGAUGUUUCAGAGAUAUUCUGUUUUUCACUGGUUCUUUUCUAUAAGUUAGGAUAG